UGAAAGCGUAUUUCUUGAUGCUGUUCGAUUAUUCAACGAUAGUGUUUCCAAGGGACAGCCUAAAAAAGGAGGAGACAAGAAACAGUCGCACGAGUAAUUGAACAUGUUGUGUGAAUACGAGAAACGAUGGGCUGGACCAUGGGUAGAGGAGUAUAUGCUUCUUGGAGCAAGGUCAACUCAACGCAUUGAAGGAGCACAUACCGCAUUAAAGGAUAUCUUGGGUAAAGCUGGCAGAAUGUUGCAUUGGUUCAAAUCGUUCCACAAAUAUUUAUGUUCAUCGGUGAGUAUAAUCAUUAAAAGAUUCGGAUAUAGAAAAUCAUGCUAAUGAUGCGAUUGUAUAAAGAAUUCUCUGGCUUAUACGCAACAUGAAAAGGAGGUUUUAUCGAAGUGGGUUGUCAAGGAUAAAGAUGCAGCAAUAACAAAAAGAGUAUCAG